ACAAAGCCUCAGGGAGGUAUGUUGGUGACCAUUUACUCUAAACCUAUCCUUGGACAUUGCUUAAACUGAUUGCUGCAAUCCAGGAAAGCGGAAACUUGAUGGCUUAAAGGUUUCUUCUAAGCAAUAAAAAUGGAUUGACUAAGGAAUGACCAUCAGAAGAGGAGGAGGAGGAAGGACGACUGUAGUAUGCGUGACAGGAGCAUCUGGAUAUGUAGCUUCAUGGCUCGUCAAGCUCUUGCUUCUCCGCGGUUUCACUGUCAGGGCCUCUGUUCGUGACCCUAGUGAUCUAAAUAAGACAAAGCACUUACUUGCCCUAGAUGGAGCAAAAGAAAGGCUUCACCUGUUCAAAGCUGACAUACUGGAAGAAGGCUCUUUUGACACUGAGAUUGAUGGGUGUGAAGGUGUUUUUCAUACAGCCUCACCUUGUAACCUGUAUGUUACGGAGGAGAACGCACGGGCAGAGUUGAUUGAUCCUGCAAUAAAGGGAACAAUUAAUGUUCUUGCAUCAUGUGCCAGAGUCACAUCUGUGAGAAGAGUUGUUUUGACAUCCUCCUCAUCUGCAGUAAUAUACAAUGGCUGGCCUCGAACACCUGAUGUGGUAGUUGAUGAGACUUGGUAUAGCACGCCCGAUGUUUGUGAGAAACUGAAGGUUUGGUAUCCACUUGCAAAGACUUUAGCGGAGGAUGCUGCUUGGAAGUUUGCCAAAGAGAAGGGUAUUGACAUGGUUGUAAUGAACCCUGCAGUAUGUAUUGGUCCUCUAUUGCGGCCAGCCCUUAAUGUUGGUGCAACUGAAAUUAUGAAGUUAAUAAAUGGUGAAUCAUUUCGAAAUUUUUCCUUUGGAUGGGUUAACAUUAAAGAUGCUGUUAAUGCACAUAUUCAAGCAUUCGAGAUACCUUCAGCUAGUGGAAGAUAUUUUUUGACUGAGAGAGUUGCACACUUGUCUGAAAUUGUGGACAUAAUGAGGAAGCUUUUUCCUGAUUUUCGACUUCCAGAAAAGUUCAUUUCUCAAACAGUUCACAACCUUCUGAUCCUAAGAAGCAUCAAUACGGAGUUGUAUAAGGAAGUGUAUAGAAGACCAGUGGGAUUGGAUCAUACACAAUCAAGUGAAAGUGGACACAAGUUAAUGUGGUGCGAGGACGACAAGCCAUUUAUGCCAAUUUACCUGGCAUCCAAGGAGAAGGCGAAAAGCAUUGGCAUUGAUUUCAUGCCCCUUGAGCAGGGCAUCAAGGAAACGAUUGAAAGCUUGAAGGACAAGGGGCUUCUCGAUUGCUAAGUUUUCAGGACAGACCAAGAUGGCACCUAUCUUGUUGUGUAGAGUGCAAUGCUAGCUUAUCUAGUUUCAAUAACAUCUGUCUGCUUGAGAUAAUAUUAUCUAAGAAUUUUAGUUGAGCAUUCUUCACUCUCCAUUAGGGAAAGAAACUUGCAUAAACCAUGGUUUUACUCUCUUUUGUGAUGGUUCAAAACGUUUGUAAGUGUCUUCUUGGUAUGCCCUCCGUUGCGGGGGUCUCGUAGCUCGGAUUUAGGUGUCUUCUUAUACAUAGAUAUGAAAGAAGUUCGAAUUUAGAUGUCUUCU